AUGGACGGCGAGACAUGCGCUCUGGGCGAGAGCUCUGCCUCUGCACCUGCGCCUACCAAGGCAGACUGUCGCUCGUGGAGCAUCCUCAUGUCGCUCAAGGCGCUGCUGGGAUUCCUGAGCUACAUUCUCUCUUGGAUAUGGCAGCUCUUCUGGAGGUUGUAUGUGAAUCACAAGAGGAGGGUGGUCCUGGGAGACUGGACGGAGCUCGAGUUCUCGCCGGAAGAGGUCCAGCGCGAUCGCGAGGCUGUGCUCAGUGCCGUGAGACAGGACUGGAAAGCCUUGCAAUUCGCCUCGGAAGAGCUCCAGGCAGACCGCGAAAUCGUCGAGGAGGCUCUCCGACAAGACUGGCACGCGCUGCGCCACGUGUCGAAGUGCCUGCGAGCAGAUCGGACUCUCAUGGCCGCCGCAGUGCAAAAGUCCAAUGGAUGGGCUUUGGAGUUCGCCGCGGAGGAGCUCUACCGCGACCCUGGCCUCCUCCAAGAGGCGACCAGCAGGCUCGGGGGACGCCUUGGCCUGCCACUGUCCCCUGUUGCAGCCCUGGUGCCUGUGGACGCCACAGGACGCGUGAUCCUAGCUCCGGGAAUGGACGCCUCUGCAAUCUUUGGGAAUGCUCGGAUCCAGGCUGAGGAGCCCCAAAACGUCCAAGAAGAAACCGGCGCCCUCGACGAGUCCUUCGACACAUCGAGGGAAGAGCCGUCUGCCGAGGAGCCCCAGGAAGCUUCAGCCGGAGAGCCCUGCGAGCCGCAGGAAGCUCCCGUAUCAGCGAAGGCGCAAGACGACGUGCAGGAAGCUUCCGACUCAACUGAGUCCUUUGGCGGAGAGCUCCCGAUCAAUCUGCCGGAACCGUCAAAUGAUGACCAGGAGGUGCCAGUCGGCGGCACUUGCCGGACCGUUGUCGAAGCUUCCCCAGUCGAUUCCCAGGAGCCUGCAGAAACCUUGAUUGCGCGACUGGCACCCGCUGGCCCAUUGCGAGUUCGACCGGGGGACACCACCCUGGAACUGACAAACGUGGACGGGAAAGAGCUUCCUGAGAAGUUGACGGAGCUUGAUCUCCUCGAUACUUUGCACAGUGAUCCUUUCCAGGUGACGAGAUCCGAUGCUGCGCAUGCCGCGCGGGAAGAGCUGGCUCAAAACACAGAGCGAGCGGAGCCGCGGAACACCCUGCCGGAAGAGCUUCUAGCAGAAGAGACCACAGCAAGUCUUGACCCAGAUUGA